AUGGUCACCGCACGUCCGAUUAUGUGGACAGACUCGAAAACGGCACUGGCAUGGAUAAACGGCGAUCCUCGCAACUUCAAGCCCUUUGUCUCCAACCGCAUAGUGGAAAUUUUGGAACACACAACCGUGGAAGACUGGCGCUGGGUUCCAACAAAACUAAAUCCCGCCGACGAAGCGACGAAGUGGGGAGCAGGUCCGUAUUUCAAUUCGAACAGUCAGUGGUUCUCAGGCCCCAGCUUUCUCUUACAAUCCGAAGAUAAUUGGCCAAAACUAGAGGGAAAGCUAAACGAACCGAACGACGAAAAGCGUGCAACAAUUCUGUCCCAUACCUCCGUAAAACCUAUCGUGGACUUUUCAGUUUUCUCGUCUUGGGUUAAACUCCAACGUACAAUAGCCUAUGUUCUAAGAUACUUGGUAAACUUUAAAACAAAAGCUCUAACGUUGUCGGGACAGCUUCAACAAUCUGAGCUUCUCGCAGCCGAAGAAGAGAUAUUUAAAAUUGUUCAGAAAGAAACAUAUCCCGAAGAGCUGACAAUGCUAGAAAAUGACAACCACGCCAGCGUAAAUAAGAAAAGCGACAUAUAUCAACUCACUCCGAUGGUAGAUGAGAAAGGCCUUCUCAGACAUAGAGGAAGAAUCGGAGCAGUUAAGGAAGUGGCUUACGGAACCAAAUUUUCUAUUAUUCUGCCCAAAAACCAUCGAGUAACCGUCCUUCUAGUCGAUAGGUACCAUCGAAUGUUCCGCCAUGGAAACUCAGAAACCGUUGUGAAUGAAAUCCGUCAGCUAUUCGAAAUUCCAAAUCUACGUGCGGUAGUAAAACAAGUAAGCAAGAACUGCCAGCUAUGUAAAUUACGAAAAACACGCCCUAUCAUACCCUUUAUGGCCAAACUUCCAUACGCUCGCCUGGCGCAUCACGAACGAGCUUUCACCUAUACCGGAGUUGACUAUUUCGGUCCACUGUCGGUGAAGGUUGGUAGGUCCACGGUGAAACGAUGGGUGGCACUUUUCACGUGCUUAACUACACGUGCAAUACACCUAGAGAUAGCAUAUUCUUUGACAACAGCAUCUUGUAUCUCCUGCGUUCGACGUUUUGUGGGCCGACGAGGACCACCAGCGGAGUUCUUUAGCGAUAAUGGUACCAACUUCGUAGGCGCCGAACGAGUAUUGCGGGUCCAAGUAGAACGAGCGCUGUCAGAAACCUUUACGUCCAGUGCAACGAAGUGGACAUUCAUGCCUCCAGGAGUCCCCCAUAUGGGAGGGGCAUGGGAGCGGUUAGUGCAAUCAGUUAAAGCAGCUAUGAAUGAUGCUUACGCCGAGGGAAAGUUGGACGACGAAGGGUUGCAAACAUUAAUAGUGGAGGCAGAAAGAAUAGUAAAUGCUAGACCUUUAACAUAUCUUCCGUUGGCAUCAGAACAGGCUGAGGCUCUGACCCCCAAUCAUUUCUUGCUCCUCAGCUCCAAUGGAGAAAAGAUUACAUCUCAGAAGAAAAAUUUCCAUGGACCUGUCGACUUCGAAAUUCGCCGUCAUUGCUUGGGUCAAUCGUGGGAACUGAUACAAAAACAGUUAGACAUUUUUUGGAAACGAUGGCUUUCGGAGUACCUUCCGGUGAUUCGUCGUCAACCAAAGUGGUUCGAAGAUUCUCGUUCUUUGAAAACAGGAGAUCUUGUUCUCGUAGUCAACGGAGCAAUGAGGAAUGAGUGGGAACGUGGACGUAUUGUCCGCCUACUGCUGAAUCCAGAUGGCGGAGUGAGACGUGCAAUAGUGCGCAUAGGCAAAAAUGAGGUUUUACGUCCGGUAACCAGAUUGGCUCUAUUAGACGUGGAUGUUAACCGUGCAGUCUCGGAAGUGGCCGAGAUACACCAGGGGGAGACUGUCGCCGCUAAAAAUGGUAAUCUGGUCACCCAGUCAACCGAUUGA